GGUGACGUGAUCACAUGACUGUGAUCAAUACCAUGGCGGCUCUGCGCUGAGGCAGGACUUAAAACAGCUGCUACGAAUGGUAAUAUGAAUAUCUGCUUCCGCUUUAUGUUGUGUUCAGGAAGACUGUCGAUUUGAAGACCUCUACAUUUACCUAUCACUGCUAAGAGAAGAUGAAGUCGGAAGAUGACAAAGGGAAAACAAAAACCAUGUUUCUGUCGCGGGCUCUGGAAAAAAUCUUAUUUGAUAAGGAGGUGAAGCGCAGCCAGCACGCACAGCUCCGGAAAGCGUGCCUUAUCGCCCUUGAUGAAAUAAAAAUUGAACUGCAAAAUCAAGGAGAUAGUAGCAUCGUUCUACCUAAAGCAAGCUUCAUUGAAGCAGACAAAUAUAUCCUUCCAUUUGAGUUGGCCUGCCAGUCCAAGUCUGCAAGGGUAGUUUCUACUUCUCUGGAUUGCUUACAGAAACUUAUAGCAUAUGGCUAUAUUACUGGUAAUGCUCCAGACAGUGGCACACCUGGGAAAAGAUUAAUUGAUCGAAUUGUAGAAACUAUUUGUAAUUGCUUCCUGGGACCACAGACUGAUGAGGAUGUUCAACUCCAAAUAAUAAAGGUUCUGCUGACAGCUGUAACUUCUCCUCACAUUGAAAUUCAUGACGGAACAAUCCUGCUCACUGUGCGGACAUGUUACAACAUAUACCUUGCUAGCAAAAACCUUAUCAACCAAACCACUGCCAAGGCAUCAUUGACUCAGAUGCUAAAUGUGAUUUUCAACAAGAUGGAAACCAAGGCUGUGCUGGAAGUGAAACAACUUGAAAAAAAAGGAAAGAAAAAUCUGGCUGCACCUUUAUCUACAAGUUCUUCUAAAGAAAUAGGAGAUCUUCCAUCUGUAAAGCAGCCAAGAAAUGCUGAAGACCAUAAUGAUGGAAAAGUAAAAAAUGAAUUUGUUGAGAACAGUACUAGAAAGGAGAGUCCAGAUCUUGAGGCAUGCAAGGAAGACACUCGGUAUAUAGGGGAAACAUCACGAAAUGCUGGAGCAGAGUGGAUAGUAAUGAAAGCAAUAUCCUGAAGGCUAUUGAUGAUAUGACCGUGGCUAAUGAUGAGAUGACCGCCCGCAAGUGC